AUGGCCGAAAUCACCAAUAUCCGACCUAGCUUCGAUAUGUCACCGGUGGUGGCAGGCCUCAUCGGGGCCUCCGUACUGGUGGUGUGUGUCUCGGUGACCGUCUUUGUCUGGACAUGCUGCCACCAGCAGACAGAGAAGAAGCACAAGAACCCACCGUACAAGUUUAUUCAUAUGCUCAAAGGCAUCAGCAUAUACCCAGAGACCCUCAGCAACAAAAAGAAAAUCAUCAAAGUGCGAAGAGACAAAGAUGGCCCCGGGAGGGAAGGUGGACACGGGAACCUGUUGGUGGAUGCGGCAGAGGCCGGCCUGCUGGGCCGAGACAAGGGUCCCAGGCCACCCAGUUCUGGAUCUUGUAUAGACCAGUUACCCAUCAAAGUGGACUUUGGGGAAGAACUGAGGAGCCCCAUUGCAAGCCUAACCCCUGGGGAGAGCAAAACGAGUUCUCCGUCAUCUCCAGAGGAGGACGUCAUGCUGGGAUCCCUCACCUUCUCAGUGGACUAUAACUUCCCCAAAAAAGCCCUGGUGGUGACAAUCCAGGAGGCCCACGGGCUGCCCGUGAUGGAUGACCAGACCCAGGGCUCUGACCCCUACAUCAAAAUGACCAUCCUUCCCGACAAGCGGCAUCGGGUGAAGACCAGGGUGCUGCGGAAGACCCUGGACCCUGUGUUUGAUGAGACCUUCACCUUCUACGGCAUCCCGUACAGCCAGCUGCAGGACCUGGUGCUGCACUUCCUUGUCCUCAGCUUUGACCGCUUCUCUCGGGACGACGUCAUUGGGGAGGUCAUGGUGCCACUGGCUGGGGUGGACCCCAGCACAGGCAAGGUACAGCUGACUAGGGACAUCAUCAAAAGGAACAUCCAGAAGUGCAUUAGCAGAGGGGAACUCCAGGUAUCUCUGUCAUAUCAGCCCGUGGCACAGAGAAUGACGGUGGUGGUCCUCAAAGCCAGACACUUACCGAAGAUGGAUAUCACCGGUCUCUCAGGUAAUCCUUAUGUCAAGGUGAACGUCUACUAUGGCAGAAAGCGCAUUGCCAAGAAGAAAACCCACGUGAAGAAGUGCACUUUGAACCCCGUCUUCAACGAGUCCUUCAUCUAUGACAUCCCCACUGACCUCCUGCCCGACAUCAGCAUUGAGUUCCUCGUCAUCGACUUUGAUCGCACCACCAAGAACGAGGUGGUGGGGAGGCUGAUCCUGGGGGCGCACAGUGUCACAGCCAGUGGUGCCGAGCACUGGCGAGAGGUCUGCGAGAGCCCCCGCAAGCCUGUGGCCAAGUGGCACAGUCUGAGCGAGUACUAAUCCCAUGCUCCUUGCCUCCAACCCCAGG